AUGGGGAAGUCAAGUUUUGUAACUAUCCAAUAAGAGGAAGGAAAACAGCAGCUUCACAUUACAGUUGGUCGAAUAACCAGAUUUUUUUUACAAAUAUAUAAGAAUGCAACUAGCCAGCUAAGCAACUAGUUAGUUAGGUAGUGGUCGAAAUUUAAUCAAUUGUUACCUGGAGGAAAAUGGGGGAGGGUUUAGCAUUUUCUUGUAUUUAGUCCAGGGGAGGGUCAUGUAAUUUGUAAUCGAUUUAUAUAUCAAUAUUUGUCAGCAUUUUGGAAUGUACGUGUUGAAUUCGGCUAUGUAACUUUGGUGUACAACUCUGCUCUCUCUUGUUCUCCUGGCAGAGCUCGGCUGGGUGGGCACUUAGCUUUCCAUUGGCUUUUCGAUCAGACCCUCUCUGUGCUUGGUGUAUCAGAACGUGGGCAUGUAGAGUAUCUCGUGAAUCAAAUUGUGCUUGUAGUGAUGACGUAGGGAGCUAGCGCACAAUAAGAACGAUGGUAGAAAUGCUGCAUUCAAAACAACUGGGAACUCAGAAAUCUCACACUUCGGUGCGUUCAAGACAACUCGGGGAAAGGGAGGGGAGAACGAGCUCCGACGGGAAAAUAGUUUUGAAAGGUCAUCCAACUCCGAAUUCAAAGUCGGAAACUCGGACAUCUUGCUGGAGAUCUGACUUUACGACCUGAAGAUCACUGACAUUAGUUGUCCUCUUGUGUGUGUUGGGUUCCCAGUUGUCUUGAAAGCGCCAAAAAACUCUGCUGUAUCACAACAACAAGCAUGGCGUUGCACAAUUGUGGAAGGACCACAGCUUGUGAAACAUGUAUCUUCACUACAAUUUACAGGGUUCUUUGCGGUCUCUGUCCGCUGAAGAGAGUUUAGAAAAGUUUAAUAGAAUUUUGGAGUUGAAUGGAGAUGGUUCCUCAAUGUGGAAAAACGUGAAGGGAUAAAUUCAGGUGUCGGAGGAGUUACUGAGUUUUUCAAGCGAUAUGUUUAUCAUCGGCUGCCUGUCAUUACAUCUGAUUAUGUUUUUAUACGAAGCAUUAGUCUCACAUUCUAUAGUCAACUUACACACAACACUGACAUGCACUACCUCACCAGCUCGGUGUUACGUUUUAAAUGUAUGUAGAUAUGUCCUUCAUGAGAAUGUUUUGUUGUUGACCAAAAUGGUUCCUACUGUUGCCUACUACUAGGUUCUGCCAAUCAAUUGUUAGGCUAUUUGUUAAUAAAACAUGUAUUGAUCUUUUGUUAAGGGUUUUACGUUUUGAAAAAGACUGCCUCUUUACCGGACUUAUGUUUUUUUUAAUGUUUUCAACUACCCCUGCCAAAGAUUUUAGAGUAUAAUUGACCCUGUGGCUGUGUUAUCGAGUGGGAACCGGCUAGUGCUUCCGGUAUGAGGGAGAGUUUAAUGAAAUAUUUAGCUGGCUAAUUCCCUUCCGUACCAACAGGUGGCAGUAACUGAACGAGUCAACUCUUCAAAAGACAGGCAACUAGUUUUCUGAACGGCGUGUGAGAUAGAUUUCCUUCCACACAGCAACAAUGGCAGCCUCCAAUACCAAUGUGAUACGGGUGCGAUUGUAUUUUGAUUACCCGCCGCCCUCGGUAUCCGACUGUCGCAUGUGCUGGGUCCUCGUGGAUCUGAACAAAUGCCGCGUGGUAGCAGACAUAGCCAGCGUGAUCAGGGAAAAGUUCGACUUCAGUCGCAGGAGCAUUUUGAGUCUGUUCAUCGAAGAGUGCUACCUGCCGCACACAGAGAGCAUCUACGUAGUCCGAGAUAACGACACUAUCAGAGUGAAGGUGGACACCCUAACCCUUUCGAAUGGAAGUCAGUCGAACACAUCUGUUGUGAAGUCCAAGAAGAGGAGGAGAGAUGCCGAGGAAGAGGAGGAGCCCACACAGAACCGAGUGUGUGAAGAGUGGAAGAAAAAGAAGAAGAGAAAGGAGAGUCAGGAGGCCGAUUCCAACCAGGCUGCGGUUGAAGAGAGGAGGAAAGAAGACAAGCAGAAACAGAAGAAGAAGAAGAAAAAGAAAGAUAAGGUGGCGACCAAAACCACUGCCUCGUCCACAGGACCCCCUCCCACCUCGUCCACAGUACCCUCUCCCACCGUAGUCAAAGCGGACAAAAACCCCAAGAAGGCUCCAGCGGCCACAGCCGUAUCUGUUAACGGUAAAGCCACAGCAAAGACCCCGAAUGGGGAAACGGAUGACUCUUCUGAUUCCAGUGAAAGUAGUGAGGAGGAGGAGGCCCCCAGUCAAAAACCCAUGCAGAAACUACCCUCCAAAUCACACUCUGCUAGCGCUACACCCCCUGUCACAUCUAAAGCCACCCCUGUAGUUAAACCCAGAGUCCCCAUUAAGAAACCACGCCCACCUCCCUCAUCAUCUGAUUCAGACUCCUCAGACUCAUCGGGUGACGAUGCCUCUAGCAAAGCUACCACAGGCAAACCUCCCGUUAAAAACCAAACUCCUCUAUACAAACCUCCCAUUAAAAACCAAACUCCUUUAUCCAAACCUGCUGCCACUCCUCCUGCCACCAUACCCACUGGCUCCAGAGCUGGUCCUAGAGACAAAACCACCCCCUCCAGGCCCAGCCUCCCUUCCUCAGGUCCCAGGACCUCUGUAUCCCCUGGCCAGAGAGCUAAUGCUCCAGGACCAGGCCCUACCCCAGCAGUGCAGAAGGCCCACAGGAGGCCUGAGAGCCCAGGCUCUAGUAGUAGUAGUAGUAGUGAGGAGGAGAUCCAGCUGGUUAUCAAACAACCGGGCCUGGGGAUGGGGAUAGUCCCUGCUAUGGCAGCACAACCCACCUGGAGAGGCUGGGGAAGCCCUAGGGGUGUGGAGAGAGGUGGGGGUAGAGGGGUUAGGGGUAGAGGGGAUGGAGGCCAGAGUUGGGGUGGUGGAGGUAGGGGUGUUAGAGGGGAGUGGGACAGGGGUCCUCGUGGUGGGGAGUGGGAUAGGGGUUCUCGUGGGGGUAGAGGAGGGAGAGGGGAAGAUAGCGGGGCAGGGGGAGGAGAUAAUGCAGGGUUUUAUUUCAACUAUGAAGGUGGACAGCGGCAGCAGACUCCUCAGCCACCAUCGUACCAGAAGGACUCCCUGAUUAACAGCUCUGUGGUGUUCCAGAACCCGUCAGAGAGUGUCCCCAAGAGGGACUACAGUGAGAUGCCCCUCCUAGCUGCUCCCCCUCAGGACGGACAGAAGAUCGCCUUCAAGCUGCUGGAGCUGACAGAGAACUACACACCAGAGGUGUCUGAGUAUAAAGAGGGGAAAAUCAUUCAUUUUGACCACAGCACCAAACAGAUUGAGCUCGAACUGCUCUCUGCUUAUCAAGGUAAGGCCAAACGGAUGGCUGCUCUCUGCUUAUCAAGGUAAGGCCAACCGGAUGGCUGCUCUCUGCUUAUCAAGGUAAGGCCAAACUGAUGGCUGCUCUCUGCUUAUCAAGGUAAGGCCAAACGGAUGGCUGCUCUCUGCUUAUCAAGGUAAGGCCAAACGGAUGGCUGCUCUCUGCUUAUCAAGGUAAGGCCAAACGGAUGGCUGCUCUCUGCUUAUCAAGGUAAGGCCA